AUGAUAUCCGAUGAUCUCAAUUCUUGUUUUCUACAGACAAGUGAACAUAAGAGAUCUGUAGAGUCAGGGACCAGUAACCCUAAGUCUGAGGAGACCUUCAGCGUGUUCGCAGAUGGAUGGUGUGGGGAGCCCCUGGAGCCUCAGCACCUCACCAUCGACUUCACACCAAACAAAGAAACUGACACCGAGUUUAUCCAGAGGAAAGUCUGCUCCUUCUGGGAAUUCAUUGAAAACUCUCCAGAGUUACACAAAUUGAGAGUAAAGGCGGAUGGGAAUAUAGUUCUCGAUACAGGCAGUAGCUCAGACAGUCGUAAGUCGGUAUCAAAAAUGAAACAGUCCGUUGAUACCAUGGACCAUGAAUUCUAUGAAGAUGAAGAAGAGUCGAUUCCCGAGAAGACGGCUGUCGAGAUGCUGGAGUUUGCUGAGAACAAAAAUCUAAUUAAUCGCAUAUUUGGAGCAAAAAUGGCGUCAACAUGUUCGCUGGGCCCUCGUGAAUACAUACAAGAAGAUACUAAAGUACCACAACCCAAGAAAAAGGAGAAGAAGAAGAAACUAGCUUGUACGUGUAUAUCAUCUCCCAAGGUGUCGUGUCCUCUACACUCAUCACAGAUCCAUGUCGUUAAUAAAAAGCCCUCAAAAGUGCAUGGUUCCAAAUUGAAGCUUCUGAGCCGGCAGCUGAACGACUGGGACGCGAAGCACCCCAAGAACAUGGAUCCUCCAGGCCACGCGCCUGCUCUGCAGCACUGUACGAUCCAGAGACAAGUCCACCACAACCUUACUUGUUUAUAG